CUUGGUCUAGCCUGGUGAUGGCCCCACUGGUUGCUGCUGUAUCCAGUCCACGUGCCCGGCUCUUUGCCUAUUUCCUUAGGCUGGGCACUCAGCAGGCUGUACCCCUCCAGCUGCACACAGGCGCCUGCUGCACAGCCAAGAACCACUAUGAGGUGCUGGUGCUGGGUGGGGGCAGUGGGGGAAUCACCAUGGCCACUCGUAUGAAGAGGAAAGUGGGAGCAGAGAAUGUGGCCAUUGUUGAACCCAGCGAGAGACACUUCUACCAGCCAAUAUGGACAUUAGUGGGUGCUGGUGCCAAGCAGUUGUCCUUGUCCGGCCGUCCCACAGUGAGUGUGAUUCCAUCUGGUGUGGAGUGGAUUCAAGACAGAGUGGCAGAGCUGAACCCAGACAAGAACUGUAUCCGCACAGACAACGGCAAGGAGAUCUCCUACAGAUACCUUAUCAUCGCUCUUGGAAUCCAGCUGGACUACGAGAAGAUUAAAGGACUACCUGAAGGUUUUGCUUAUCCCAAAAUAGGGUCCAAUUAUUCUGUCAAGACAGUAGAGAAGACGUGGAAGGCCCUGCAGGACUUCAAGGAGGGCAAUGCGAUUUUCACCUUCCCAAACACUCCAGUGAAGUGUGCUGGCGCCCCCCAGAAGAUCAUGUACCUAUCAGAAGCCUACUUCAGGAAGGUGUGUCUUCUCUUCAGGACAGAGAUGGCAAGGUAUGAAAUGCUUCAUGUCACACCACCUAUGAGCUCACCAGAUGUCCUCAAGACAAGUCCUGUGGCGGAUUCUGCUGGCUGGGUGGACGUGGAUAAAGAGACUCUGCAGCAUAAGAAAUACCCCAAUGUGUUUGGCAUUGGGGACUGCACCAACCUUCCGACUUCAAAGACUGCUGCUGCAGUAGCUGCCCAGUCAGGAAUCCUUGAUAGAACAAUUUCUCUGAUUAUGAAGAAUCAAAAACCCACAAAAAAGUAUGAUGGCUACACCUCAUGUCCCCUGGUGACUGGCUACAACAGUGUGAUUCUUGCCGAGUUUGACUACAGAGCCGAGCCUCUGGAAACCUUCCCCUUCGAUCAGAGUAAAGAGCGACUUUCGAUGUACCUCAUGAAAGCUGACAUGAUGCCUUUCUUGUAUUGGAAUAUAAUGCUAAGAGGCUACUGGGGAGGUCCAGCCUUUUUUCGAAAGCUGUUUCAUCUGGGCAUGAGUUAAGGAUGGCUCAGAGCUUGCUCUCCUUGGAUGGCUUCUGGACCAAAAUCGCAGUUACUGAUUGACUAUGAUGGACAUGGAGGGCUCAGAACCUCGCCCUGUAAGGAAUUUCUUAAUGGAAAUGAUGACCUUUCUAGACCUCUGAGUGGCUAUCAUGUGGACAGCCCAGAAUGGGCUUGAUUCUUUGGAAAUAUUAAAAUGAAAUAAUAGA